CCCGGUACCAUGGCGUCCAGCGAGGAGGACGGCACGGUUGAGGAGAAGGAAAACAACAACAAGAAGAGAACGAAAAGCGCCCUCGCGACCGCAUGGCUCACUUUCUACAACAUCGCCAUGACCGCCGGGUGGCUGGUUUUGGCCAUGGCGAUGAUACGCUUCUACAUCCAGAAAGGCACACACAAGGGUCUGUACAGAAGUAUAGCAAGGACGCUCAAGUUUUUCCAAACCUUUGCAUUAGUUGAGGUGGGACACUGUGCCAUCGGGAUCGUGAGGACUUCUGUGAUUGUGACCGGGGUUCAGGUGUGUUCACGGAUUUUCAUGGUUUGGUUCAUCACCAACAGCAUCAGACAGAUCCAGAGUGAAGAAAGCGUUAUCCUAUUCCUGGUUGUGUGGACGAUGACAGAGAUUACCAGAUAUUCCUACUACACAUUCAACCUGCUCCACCACCUGCCGUACUUCAUCAAAUGGGCCAGAUACAACCUCUUCAUCGUCUUGUACCCCCUGGGAGUCGUCGGAGAACUGAUGACCAUUUAUGCUGCUCUGCCGUUCGUGCGCAGGUCUGGGAUGUACUCCAUGAGGCUCCCCAACAUGUAUAACGUGUCCUUCGACUACUACUACUGCCUCAUCAUCGUCAUGUUGUCCUACAUCCCACUGUUUCCUCAGCUCUACUUCCACAUGCUGCGGCAGAGGAGAAGGGUGCUUCACGGCGAGGUCAUAGUGGAGAAGGACGACUAGACGAGCCGCCACCUCAGUUCGCCAUCGUUUGAGCCAGCCCCGCCUCCGCCUCACCCACCCACUCCAUCAUCCCCAACGUCCUCAUCUUUAGCACCAUCGGCCGUAACAUUCUUCAUUGCACGGGACCGGAAGAGCCGCACAGAUGACGAGAAAGGAGUUCAUCAGUACUGAGCAGUAACAACCGAUCCCAAGCAUUUCUGUACAGGAUUAAUUCCUAUCUGAGUGGUCAUAUUGGAAACAUGUUUACAGUCCCAGUGUUGCUGGAGCUCGAGACAGAAGCCUGACGUUGAUCUUGAAUCCUUUAUUCACCCGCCAGCCUUAUUGCACCUUGUUGCACUGAAAAGCCACAGCACUGCACCCACCUGUCUGAAGGAGGAAAAGGCAAAUGAGAGGCUUUCAUGGAAAUGUGAAAUGAAACAUGGGAGGAAGAUUGUAAGUUGUGUCUCCUGAAGUCGGCCCCACUUCAUCGCCCAACCUACCAAAUUGGCAGUUUUAUUAUCUUUUAUUCCAGCACAGUGAUUUCACAGACAGAGCAUGGCUGUAACAAAACAAGGUUUCAAAAGCGAGAAUAUUCAGUUCUAUCAUACCUCAACAAUAAAUCUGCAUUUAGACAAUAUGCUGCUUCUUUUGUGUAUGUUUGUUGUAUGUGUAAAUGAUGCAAUGUGAAAAGAGCGGUUCAUAAGAAGCAUAUUUCUUAAAGAUAACGUGUUCACAUACCGAGCAAGCACAGCUCAAACUUAACAUUUUGCCUGCUUCUGCAUUCUUUUCUGUGGCUUUGAUGUUUACUGUGUCAAAUUCAUUUACAGGAGUGCAUCUUAAACAAAUUUGAGUCUUCAAAGAGUAGCAGCUUUUCUAUAGACCGCUGAGGCUUGCACUCACAGUCUUCAGUCGCUGUGUUGUUUGUUUUUUAACAUAAAGAAUCUCAUGUGCGUGUUGAUAGACAGGUAGUUAGAUUCCCUCCCACAAAAGGUGCUAUUGUGAGAUCAUUUCAAUCUUCUGUGCAGCUGAAGGAGUAACUGUGAUUGGAUUUGACCUAAAGUAGGAAACCAGGAUGUGAAAUGAUUGAGAGGAAAUGUCA